UAUAUUUUUCCUCGGAAAUGUUUAAUCCACCAUUGAACAUAUUCUUUGCUGACUAACAUCAUUCCUUCUAGCAAUUAAUUUCAUUACAAUUUUUCAACCUAUCUAAUUGAACUUUCAUACACAUACAUUACUUUUCAUUCUUUCAUUUGGACAGAUGAAAUUCAUAAAUAUAUUGCAUAGAUCAUCUAAACACAAUGCUGUUUAUCAUCAAUAAAAAGAAAAUGUUCAAAUGAAUGAUAAAAUUAUGUUUAACUUAUUAGGAUGAUUUUGUCCAAUUUGAUUACAUCAUUCAAUGAAAAUUACAAUCAAAGAGAAAAUUGUCAAUAUUAGAUAAAUAUAUAUCUAUUAUUAUAAAAUACAAAUUAUUGAUGAUAAUGGUAAUUCUGUUAAUUAUUCAUGUUAGGCUGGUGAAUCGCAGGAUUGAGCAGAGACAGGAGCACAACAUAACGCGCACUGAGAUAACGCAGAGACGAGUACUUCAGGAUAAAGGUUCCGACAUGCCACAGUAUACCGGACAGAGUGACGCGGACUAUCAUGGAAGUAACGGACAAGCGGAUACACAUUCGUUACACUCAUCUCAUCUGUCUGUCCAAGAGGAUCCAUUGCUCAUCCGAACUCAUAAACAACAGACUUCGCAGCAAGUAACGACCGUGACGAAAGUAGUGCGCGAAGUUUCACACAUGGAACCAGAUCCAGGUGCAGUCAGUUACAUGUCGGUGCCAUUGAUGUCGCAAGACUAUCAACAUGCUGAUCCGAGAUAUCCGGCGGAUCCAUACAUGGUCAGUUUUGACCAUUACGAUCCAUACCUUGGGUAUCCUCCGCAACCUGGUUACCCAGGUCCUCAUGGAAUUUACAUGCCACGAUCGCAUUCACCACACAGCCCGCAUAGUCCGUCAGAACACAGUCGUGCAUCACCACCGCAUGAAUAUUUGCGUAAAGCAGCACCGUUCGUCGAAGGUGGUUACAACGACAUUGACCCAGGUCUUAAUCCGGCUUUACAAGAUCAUUAUCGCAUUACUCCAAGUCCAGGCGGUCCCGGAGAUCAAUAUGAUCAGAUCAGCAACUCGUGGAAUAUGGAUGACUCCGGCGAGCCCUCACAACAUCCUCAUGAUGAAAAUAAAGUGACCUAUGGUUACGUAUCUCCGUCCCCAUAUGGGCCAGUAGGAUACGGUCCUGCCGUUGGGGUAGGUCCAGUGGCAGUUCCUAACGAUGUACCCGGUUACGACGAAGGUCAUCCGAUCCCAUUAUCGUCUGGUGUACCACCAGGGAUAUUUGAGGAUGAGGUACACCUUCAACGGUUACAAUCCGGUCAUCCGGUGGUACCGGGUAUGGCAUCGCCCUUGGACGAUGAUCAAAAAUCAAUGAGAUGGAGGGAUCCUAACUUAUCGGAAGUUAUCAGUUUUCUUAGCAGUCCAAAUAACAUUAUCAAAGCUAAUGCAGCUGCCUACUUGCAACAUCUUUGUUAUAUGGACGAUCCAAAUAAACAAAAAACACGUAGUCUAGGCGGCAUACCACCCUUAGUGCAAUUAUUGGAUCAUGACGAUCCCGAUAUCUAUAGAAACGCAUGCGGGGCGUUACGAAACUUGUCUUAUGGGAGACAAAACGACGAGAACAAACGUGCGAUAAAGAACGCUGGCGGUGUACCCGCUCUAAUUCAUUUGUUGCGUAUGACGCUUGAUGCCGACAUCAAGGAGCUUGUAACCGGAGUACUGUGGAAUUUGUCUUCUUGCGAAGAUUUAAAACGAUCGAUCAUCGACGACGGAGUGACGAUGGUAGUGAAGAACAUAAUAAUACCUCAUAGCGGCUGGGAUCCAAGUUCUUCAAACGGGGAGACAUGUUGGUCAACAGUAUUUCGUAAUGCAUCGGGUGUUUUAAGAAACGUCUCUAGUGCUGGAGAAUACGCGAGAAAAAAAUUAAGGGAAUGUGACGGACUGGUGGAUGCUCUCUUAUAUGUAGUUCGUUCCGCGAUUGAAAAGUCGAACAUUGGGAAUAAGAUAGUGGAAAAUUGCGUCUGCAUCUUAAGAAAUUUAAGUUAUCGGUGUCAAGAAGUUGAGGACCCCAAUUACGACAAACAUCCGAUACAGUCGGCGGUGCAGAACAGAGUUGCGGCACCAGUGAAAGCGUACAGUUUAUGCCAAGGUGAAAAUUUGGGUUGCUUUGGUGGUAGUAAAAAGAAGAAGGACGGUCAACCGGUUCAAAAGGAGAACGCAACGUCACGCACGACGAGUCCAAGAACGGAACCGGUCAGAGGGAUGGAGUUACUCUGGCAACCGGAAGUCGUUCAGUCUUAUUUAAGCCUUUUACAGACAUGCUCUAAUCCGGAAACAUUAGAAGCUGCGGCAGGAGCAUUGCAAAAUCUUGCAGCUUGUUACUGGCAACCGAGCAUUGAAAUUCGGGCAGCUGUUCGUAAGGACAAGGGCCUUCCUAUUUUAGUCGAAUUGUUAAGAAUGGAGGUGGAUAGAGUGGUUUGCGCAGUAGCAACUGCUCUGAGAAAUCUCGCGAUAGAUCAGCGCAAUAAGGAGCUAAUUGGUAAAUAUGCGAUGAGAGAUCUCAUACAGAAGUUACCCUCGGGGAAUAAUCAGCAUGAUCAGGGGACGAGCGACGAUACGAUAGCAGCUGUGCUUGCAACUCUAAACGAGGUUAUCAAGAAGAACGCCGAAUUUUCACGAUCUUUAUUGGACGCCGGAGGUGUCGACAGGCUUAUGAACAUAACGCGACAACGUCAAAAAUAUACCCCUCGUGUUCUUAAGUUUGCAGGACAAGUUCUUUUUACGAUGUGGCAACAUCAGGAAUUACGUGACGUUUAUAAGAAACAUGGCUGGAAGGAACAGGACUUUGUAACGAAAACUGUCGCUGCUAGAAAUUCUGGACCUAAUUCGCCAAAUAAUGCUAACAGCUAUGAUUGUAGCACAUUGAACCGACCAAUGGCGAGUCAAGGAAGUACGAGAUACGAAGAUAGAACUAUUCAAAGAGCUAAUAUUAAUUCAAAUAAUGUUGGACGACCUACAAUUUACCAAUCUCAGCCGAAACCCGGUGAGCCGCUCUACGCGCAAGUUAACUUGGAGAAGAAAAAGAAGCGGCAAUACGAGCUGGGGGUGGGCCAGGGAGGUGGACCGGUCGGUACGGUAUCGAGCGUAACUGGUGGGACUGGCGGUGCGCCAGGUACCACUCAGUGGAUGCCUGAUGGCGUUUCCAUCGGUGUCCAAGAUGGGACACCAGCAAAUGCAACCGUUAGCAUACCACCGAAUUCAAAUGCAGCUUCGGCUGGUGAUUCUUGGGUAUAAAGAAAAAAAUUGCUACUACUGUUUGCAAUUUUAUGAAAUACGUCGAUUCGAUUCAUCGAAUGGAUUGGGUCAUAUCGGCAUUUAAACUUUUUCACACGUGUUAAACGACUAUGAUGAUGACUAUGAUAAGUUCUUCUUCCUCAACUAUUUCGUCCUCGUCGUUAUCUCCAUCAUUAUCAUCAUCAUUGUCAUCAUCAUCAUCAUCAUCAUCAUCAUCAUCAUUGUCGUCGUCGUCGUCGUUAUUAUCGUCAUCAUCAUUAUCAUCACCGUCAUCACCAUCACCAUCAUCUUCUUCUACUCCGAGCCUGCUCGUCGUCGAGCAAAGCGAAAUACGUCUCUAAUACGAUCGACUAUUGAAGAGCUAGGACGAUUCAAGGAGGAAGAAGCCUUUUCCGUUCCUUCUUCCACCCUGUUGUGACGCAGAGAUGAUAAAAAAAAAAAAAAAAUAAAAAAAAGCUUGAAAAGCUUUAUCCGUCAAUAACAGCCUCGCGCGUAAUCCAUUCGAAUGGAACCCCCGUAAACUCCUUUCUUCUUUUCGCCUGAUUGUACACAGAUAUAUUGUAUACACACACAUACAUACAUACAUACAUAACUUAAAUAUAUAUUUAUAUCAGUGUUCAAUAAGAAGGCUGGAAUUUGUUGAGAUACUGAAAUAUGACUCGGACAUACAUACAUAUAUACAUACAUACAUGCAUACAUGCAUAUAAAUAUAUAUAUACAUACAAUAAGAUACUAUUAUUAUUAUUAUUAUGAUUAUGAUUAUUAUUAUUAUUAUUAUUAUUAUCACUAUGUUAUGUCAGCAAAAUGUGAGAAACGAAGAGCAUUGAAAACUGCACUUUACUGCACUCUUUCUUUGAACUACGACGUCUCUUAAAAAAUAAAUGGCAACUCGUCCGACCACAUCCGCAGCAACAGUAGUUGCACUAAUGGCUCUAAGGAAUAUAAGAAGAAAAAUUAGUAAAUAAAGAAAUAAAUAAAGAAAUAAAUACAGAAAUAAAGAAAAUACUUCAUUGCACAAUUCUAAAUUAAUAUAUAUACAUUUGCAUAUAUGCAUACGUACACAUACAAAGAUAUGAAUAUUCAUGUAAAUUUAUUGUCGCAUUACCGAAUAUAGCGGCAUACGAGGAGUAUACCGAUGAGCGUACACUGUUGUUUCAUUAUUAUAAAUAAGUGUACGCAUAAAUACGCGAAUUGCAUAUUAUACAUAUUAUAUGCGCGACUGAAGAAAAGUAUAAGUGAGAGAGAAAGAAAGUGAAUAAUAAAAUAGCUUAUAUAUAUAUAUAUAUAUAAAACACAUAUACACACAUAUAUACAUAAACGUGCGUACAUGUACGCUACAUACAAAGCACGCAUACGUGAUAUAAUGUAGUUGACAUAAUUAUUUGUAUUAAACGUAAAUUGCCUCGAGGCUGUGGGUGUGGCAUGAGAAUGGCGAUGAGAUUUAUAAAAACUGAAUUGUUUCGAAAAUAGUAAUUGUUUUUACGGCGCAUGGGUAACAAAAGUAUACAUUAAAUAAAUAUGUUAUAAAAAAAUAUAUAUAUAUAUAUCACAUACACAUACAUACACACACAUACACGAGAAAGCGAGAUAUUCUAUAUGCGAUAAGAAUAAGGAAUGGUGCGUGUGCCUGUGAAAAGAAAAAGAACAAAAAAGAAACUUAAAUAAAUGUGUCUCUGCUUGUGUUCGACGUCGGAUUAUCCCUAUGUAUGCAUGCGUGGGCUCGCUCAAGCCUAAGAUAAGAAUUAGAUUUAGGAAGAGACGACUGGUUACUUAUUAACCAGUGAAAACUAAAUAAAAUAAAUGAAAACAUGAAAA